AUGCCGCCACAACAUUAUCAUCUCUUGCUUCACGCCGGUGAGAUUAACGCUACUGCUUACAAUCUUUGGCUCAACGACGACCACGGCGGUCACUUUCUAUUCAGCAGUGUCAAUAAAGCCAAGUACACGGACCUGGUCACCUUUUACAUUCCUUUGACCGAUCCCUCCGACAAUGUCCCCGAGAGACUCAUCGAAGGUUUCGGCGGAACCAAUGCUGGCAAUUCCACUUCGAUUGACUUUUAUCCACGACCCGUUCUGUUGGAUUUAGGCAUAGUCAUGAGUCCACUGAGUCAAGACAUGAUGCUUCGCGUGAUGACGAGCCUGGACGGCGUUAUCAAAAGAAAAUGGUGCCAUGGUGCCUUGUAA